CUUGAUGACCACCUCAAGAAUCUCGUGGACAUUAUUAUACAAAAUUACGGUCAAAUCGAUGUAUUGGUGAACAAUGCGGGCGCCGGCACCUACUCGGCCAUCACUGACCCCAAUCUGAUCGACCAUUUGGAUCACGUCUACAAACUGGACGUCAGAUCUGUUGUACUAUUGACUCAGUUAUGUAUUCCUCAUUUGGAGACAACUAACAGCGCUGUCGUCAACAUAUCAGCCCUCGCCUCACUUAAGCCGUUGGUGGGCGCCGUCGCCUAUACGAUGGCAAAGGCAGCCAUCGAUAUGUUCACCAAAAAAAAGGCGAACCCUUUGCGGAAACUCCCGGAGCCCCGAGAUAUAGCCAAUGCUGUCAUAUUCCUGGCGUCAGAUAAGAGCGCUUUCAUUACGGGAACAAUACUUCCCGUCGACUGCGGGAAUUUAGUAUAUAGUGAACAGACAAUCCCGGCCUCAAUAGUAUGCUAUUACAGUGCGUGGGCUCAUACUAGGGAGAAGCCUAUGAAUUAUGAUAUCGAUGACAUCCCGGGUGACCUCUGCACUCAUGUCAUCUACUCAUUUGUAGGUCUAGACAAUAAGACCUAUGAUUUGAGACAAUUAGACCCGAAGUAUGAUAUUGAGGGCAAGGGAUACGAAAAGUUCGUGGCUUUGCGUCAAAAGUAUCCGCACCUCAAGCUCUCCAUAGCCAUAGGGGGUUGGGAUGAGGGCGGCAAACAGUACUCGGAAAUGGUGGCCAAUAAGGACAAGCGAGCUAAUUUUGUCAAAGAAGUGGUUGAUCUCAUAAAUAAGUAUAACUUCGAUGGUUUCGACCUGGAUUGGGAGUAUCCAGGUGCUUCGGACAGACAGGGCGCUUAUGCAGACAAAGCCAACUACUUAUUACUGGUGCAGGAAAUGAGGGCUGCGUUUGACAAACAAAAGCGACAACUCUUGCUGACAGCAGCCGUACCCAUACCUAAGUUUAGACUUCAGGACGGUUACGAAGUGGCACAGUUGGGACAGUUGCUGGAUCAGAUCCAUCUGAUGACUUAUGACCUGAGGGGUGUGUGGGCCGGCUUUGCUGAUGUACACAGUCCGCUAUACAAACGCCCCGGGAUUGAUGAAUACGCCUACGAAGCUCUUAAUGUUAACGACGGCACAAAUCUGUGGCACUCUAUGGGUGCGCCCAAACACAAGCUCAUAGUUGGCGUUCCCUUCUAUGGCCGGUCAUACACUUUGGGCGAUAAAACUCAGCAUGGGUUGAAAGCACCCAUAAAUCGUUGGACUCCACCUAAUAUGGGGGGCGGGAAUCCCGGAAAGUACACCAACGCCUCCGGAAUGUUGGCCUACUAUGAGAUAUGCGUUGAGAAGGACUGGACCCAUGAGGUGGACAAUGUGGGCAAAUGUCCCUUCGCUUAUUCAGGCGACCAGUGGGUCGGCUAUGAGGACGAGACAAGUAUUGGUCAGAAAAUGGAUUGGAUUGUGAAGGAGGGCUUCGGCGGUGGUAUGGUUUGGGCCAUCGAUUUGGAUGACUUUACCGGCGUUUGUGGCAAAAAGAAUCCAUUGCUGACAGUCAUGAAGAAUAAGCUAAAGGACUAUAAGGUAGUGGUCGACCCCACUGGACCCAGCACUAAGCCAGGCCCACCUACACAGCCAACACAACCCACGCCCUCACCAGUUGCGAGUACAACGGGAACGGGAGGUACGGUCGGUACCACAGUAUCGGGUCAAACGGCUGGCACUACUGGUACAGUCGCUACUCAAUCACCGCUUACUCCGGAUGAACAGUGCGCUCAAGGAGUUGUCAAAUUUGUGCCCAACCCUGACUGCACGAAGUAUUACUGGUGUGUUCAGGGAAAGGCUGUUCUUGAGACAUGUGAUGCCGGAACCAUUUGGGACAUGGAUUUAAGUGAGUGUGUCUGGCCAGACGGUAAAGUUAGACCUUAUUGCAAAUGAUUUGUUAGCUAGAAUAAAUUAAUUUUGAACAUUAAUUUAUAAAUUGUUAUUUGAACUGUAUAAAAUUUUAAAUUAAGUACGAAAUAAAGUACAUGCAUUAUUUUAAAUGAUAAA